CCCGGGGAGGACGCGGCGGCGGCGGCGGGCGGCGCACGAGGGGGCCGGGCCGGAGCCCGGGGCGGUAUCCGGGUGCUGAAGAGGAACGCCAAGCACAGCGGGAGCAGGAGCUGCCACAGCAGGAGCCGCCUUGGGUCCCGUGAGAGGACCUGGCUGAAAGGGGACGUCGGACGAGGCUGCGUCUAUGUUUAUGGAAGAGACUGUGCAGCUGCGGCUCCUUCGGACUUGCGCCUGGUCCUCUGCACAGUGGACACCCGRGCCUCGGAGAUCUGUGAUGGAGAAGAAGGGAAAAGCCUCUUUUUGCAACUUCAUGGAGACCUGGUCAGGAGGCUGGAGCCCACAGAGAAACCCCUUCAGAUUGUGUAUGACUACUUGGCUGGGUUGGGUUUUGAUGAUCCUCUCAGAAUGCAGGAAGAGGCAGCAAACUCUGAUCUCAGCUGUAUGAUUCGCUUUUACAGUGAAAAGCCGUGCCAGGUGGAGCAGUUGGAUCGCAUCCUGCUCUCUGGAGUCUAUAAUGUGCGCAAAGGAAAGACGCAGCUGCACAAGUGGGCAGAGCGCUCAGUCACUCUCUGUGGUACGUGCCUCAUUGUGUCCUCACUGAAGGACAGCCAUGCAGGGAAGAUGCACAUCUUGCCUCUCAUUGGAGGGAAGGUGGAAGAGAUGAAACGUCGGCAGUACACCCUUGCUUUCACAUCUGCUGGAGCACAAGCUCAAACAUACCACAUUUCCUUUGACACGCUGGCAGAGUGCCAGCGGUGGCACCGGCAGGCAUCCACGAUUGUGUCUAUGCGAUUUAGCAUGGUUGAUCUUUCAUGCUACAGCCUUGAGGAAGUACCAGAGCACCUCUUCUACAGUCAAGAUAUCACCUACCUCAACUUACGACACAAUUUUAUGAGAUCAAGCGGAGCAGGGAGUCUUGACUCUCUUUGCAGGUUUUCUCAGUUGAAGAGUCUGAACUUGUCUCAUAAUAGACUGGGAGAGUUUCCUGUAUCACUGUGUGAGAUCUCUACUCUGACAGAACUUAAUAUUUCCUGUAAUGGACUUCGUUACUUACCAAGUCAGAUUGGCAAACUGUUGAAUCUCCAGACCUUCUGGCUUGAUGGCAAUUUCCUCACAUCCUUGCCAGAAGAGAUGGGAAACCUGCAGCAGCUCAGCUGUCUUGGGCUUUCUUUUAAUAACUUCUGUGAACUGCCAGCAAUUUGUGAGAAACUUGUCACCUUAGACAAACUAGCCCUGGCAGGGAAUUUGCUAGAGACCCUGGACCUGACAGUGCUGAACCGUAUGAGUCACAUCAAAAGUGUGGACCUGAGGCUGAACAACCUGAAGAGAGCAGCAGCUGACGCUGUGCAGGGGAACAAAUCUGUGGCUUUCAUGGAUUUACGAGACAAUCAGAUGACAGAUCUGGAUCUGAGCUCCUUGGUCAGCCUGGAGCAGCUGCACUGUGAGCGGAAUAAACUGAGAGAGCUGACACUGAGUGGCUUCUCCCUUCGGGCCCUGUAUGCCAACAGCAACUGUCUGACAGCUGUCAAUAUUUAUCCGGUUCCUGGUCUACUGACAUGUCUGGAACUCUCUCACAAUCAACUACAGUGCGUCCCAGACUGGGCCUGUGAAGCAAAAAAACUGGAAGUUUUGGAUGUGAGCUACAACCUCCUUUUGGAGCUUCCGUCAAGGAUCCUCAGAAGCUUGAGUCUUCGGAAGUUGAUGGUGGGACACAAUCACCUGGAGAGCCUUCCACCUCUUCUAGAACACAUUCCACUGGAGGUGCUGGACCUUCAACACAAUCUGUUGACYAAACUCCCAGAGAUGCUCUUUGUCAAAGCUCUCAACCUCAGGUACCUGAAUGCAUCUGCAAACAGCCUGGAGUCCUUGCCCUCCGCAUGUACUGGGGAGGAGAGUCUGAGCAUGCUGCAGCUGCUAUACUUGACCAGUAACAACCUCACAGAUCAAUGCAUCCCUGUCUUGGUGGGACACCCAAACCUACGAAUCCUGCAUCUGGCAAACAACAAUCUGCAGACUUUCCCUGCGAGCAAACUUAGUAAACUGGAGCACUUGGAGGAACUGAAUCUGAGUGGCAACAAACUGAAAACAAUUCCUACAACGRUUACAAACUGCAAGCUACUUCAUACACUUAUUGCACACUCUAAUGAAAUCAGCAUUUUUCCAGAGAUCCUGCAUUUGCCCCGUAUUCAGUUUGUGGAUUUGAGCUGCAAUGAGUUAACUGAAAUCCUAAUCCCUGAGGCACUGCCCAGUGCCUUGCAAGAGCUGGAUCUGAGUGGAAACACAAACCUGGUGCUAGAACACAAGACACUGGAUAUCUUCAGUCACAUUACCACACUGAAGAUUGAUGCUAAGCCCUCCCUCACGGCAGACUCGGCACUCACUUCUACCUUCUGGAGUCACGGAGUAGCUGAGAUGGCAGGCCAAAGAAAUAAGCUGUGUUUGUCAUCCCUCGCACUGGGGAGCUUUGCRGAGGGGCUGGAUGCCGUCUAUGGCAUGUUUGAUGGUGACAAGAAUGAAGAACUGCCACGUUUGCUGCAGUGCACCAUGGCCGAUGUGCUCCUGGAGGAGGUACAGCAGUCAGACACCAUGUUCAUGUCCAACACCUUCUUGGUCUCCCACAGGAAGCUGGGCAUGGUUGGGCAGAAGCUGGGUUCCUCUGCUGUCCUUUGCUAUAUUCAUACUGAGGUGGCUGAUCCAGGCAGCAACUUUUCUCUGACGGUGGCCAAUGUGGGGACGUGCCAAGCCGUUCUGUGCCGAAGUGGAAAAGCACUGCCUCUAUCCAAAGUCUUCAGCCUUGAACAAUGUUCAGAAGAAGCCAGGAGAGUCAAGGAGCAAAAAGCCAUUAUAACAGAGGACAAUAAAGUCAAUGGAGUGACUUGCUGUACUCGGAUGCUGGGCUGCACAUACCUGCAUCCUUGGAUCCUGCCCAAACCACAUGUCAGCUCCAUUCCACUGACUGUACAAGAUGAGCUGCUGCUUCUGGGGAACAAAGCUCUCUGGGAGCACCUUUCUCACGCAGAGGCUGUCUCAGCUGUGCGGCACCUACACGACCCUCUAGCUGCUGCAAAGAAACUCUGCACUUUAGCCCAAAGCUAUGGUUGCCAAGACAAUGUUGGUGCAAUAGUGGUAUGUCUGAACAUCGGUGAGGACAACUGCACUUGUGAGAUGCACGGCCUCACUCUGCCAGGCCCUGGGGGAUUUAGUUCUACUACCACCAAGCCAGCAACACCUUCAUGUAGCAGUGGAAUUGCUUCAGAGUUCAGCAGUGAACUGUCUGCUUCUGAGGUUAGCAGUGAGGURGGCUCCACUGCCUCAGAUGAACAUAGUGCUGCUGGUCUUGAUGGCACUUUGCUCUCACGACAAGAACGACGUUGCAGCCUGCAUCCUGUGCUACCCUCAAACAUCUUUCAGCGCCAACCUUCCAGUGCCACCUUCUCUAGCAACCAGUCUGACAAUGGUCUAGAUAGUGAUGAUGAGCAGCCUGUGGAAGGUGUGAUGACAAAUGGCAGUAAAGUGGAGGUAGAGGUGGAUAUCCACUGCUGUAAAGUAAAGGGCCUGGAGUUAGAACAUCUUGCUGCAGAGUGCAGCUCUUCUGCUCCAGGGCCUGAGGAUGACUCUGGGCUUGUACUUAUCAUUAGGAGACAGAACAGUGUAAACAGCAACACUGUGCAGAGAGGGGUGAAGGAAAAGUGUGAACUGCAAAAAUCUCUUUCUACAUGUUGUCUUUAUGGAAAGAAGCUUUCCAAUGGCUCCAUAGUGCCCUUGGAGGAGAGUCUCAACCUCAUCGAAGUAGCAACUGAGGCACCCAAGAAGAAGACAGGCUAUUUUGCUGCUCCAUCCCAAAUGGAGCCAGAAGAUCAAUUUGUGGUGCCACCUGAUCUGGAAGAGGAAGUGAAGGAACAAAUGAAGCAGCACCAGGAGGAUGGAGCAGAUCAGGAGCUAAAAGAGGAACAUGCAGCACCCCUGCCAGAGGAGUUUGACACAGCUUUGUAACCCUAUGAGUAUCACUCCCACAUUGUCUGUCCCARGAAGCUCUGUUUCAUAAGGGCUGUCGUGCCCUCCAAGGGAGCUGAGAUCUGCAAGGAGUACAGGCACCUGCUGCCUUUUUAAAGGAGUCAAGGAAGAAUCAGGAAGGCUGAGGUCUGGGCUCUCCACUUACCACUGUAGAGUCUGAGUUGUUCUCAGAGCACUCAGAUCAGCAGCUGGGCUCUGUGUUAGGGACUGCCUGUAACUCCUUGAACCCUGAGGUUCUGCCAGCUCUGCAGGAAAGGGGCUGGUAUGUGUAUGUGUGGGGCKAAGAGGCUGCUGAGGGAGAAAUGCUCAGUGCUUAGAGUCUUGUGAAUAUUCCUGAUGCAGUGUUCUGUCCUCGCCCCCAGCACCUGAYUUUGUUAUUCCUUGAAAGAAUAUAGCCAGUUGCAAUAACGCUGACCUAAGAAUGGUUUCCUACAUUAAUUGCAAGCACUUUUAUUGAUUGCACUUAAGCUGGUCUUUUCCCUUUCAGCCCCGCACUUUAUUUUUUAGGGUUAGGGUGGAAAGCAGGUAUGCAGUGGACUUCUCCCAGUGAAUGUUUUUAGGGCAGUGGAGGACUCAAGGUACCAGUGUUCUGAUGAGCACUGGUGCAGGGGAAGAGCGAGGGUUAUGGUGGGAUCAUUCUGUGUAGGAUGAGAAGAUACAUAGCUGAGUGAUAAGCAGGUGCCAACCAAUGCAUUUUGUAUAGAACAUAGGAAAGGUCAGCUCAGGACUGGUUAAGAUAAUGUGUAGAGCUAGUGCUUCUAGCUGCAGAGCAGACCCAGCUGAGUAGCAAUUCAGCCACCUCCUUCAGAGGAACCAAGCUGUGAACAGCGGUGUGCUGUGCUAAGGCUGGCAGAAGCAUCCAGUGCUGUGUUCCAUCAAUCUAAACCUCUGCAUUGUCAGCUACAGCGUCUUUGCUUGCCUCUGAAAACAGAAAUCAUAUCCCAAAUCCACAGCAACCAGCAUUUCAUGGUAUGUGUCCAAUUUGGCCACAAACAAGGUGAAAGUGUACUUGUUCCUGCCUAGCUUUCAUCACAAAAGCAAAAAUGGAACUUUUCAUCUUAUUAACAUCUUUAUCAGCACUGAAAAAUAUGUUUAAAACAGUCCCAAUAAUGAUUAACUGGCCAGUCUGCACUCAAGAUGCCUUGUGUUUCCAUUAGGAUUUUUGAUGCAGGGUGUAAGUUGGCUGCCUGUGUCAUCUUGUGUAAKGGCUGUGGAGACCACUGCCUCUGCAGCAUGCAGAUUUGUCUUCCUUUUGGACAGAGCUAGAGAGCAGCUGGCCCCAUCAUAUCAGUCAUUGCAGCAGUCCUGACUGUAAUGUGGGCUUGUGCCUUUUUUUCUUCACUAAUUGUAUUUAUGGAGAAAACUUAAAAAUUUCUUCUGAGAGAUCUGAGGGACUUGAGCUGUCUAUUUUUGGAUUAAAUAYGGGCUUUGCUCAGAAGGAAAUAGCGUGCAGACCACUUGUGAGAUUCUGUCAAUAUAGAUCUUUUGACAAAAUCUAAUGGAGUUUUACUGAGAUUUCAGAGCACCUUGAAUUUCUUCUCACUAGGAAAAAAAUGUCUUUAUCAUGCAUGAGGAGCAAUGUUUUAGCAUAUACUUUGUGCUAGUUGCAGUGUAAUCAUGAAACAAGCCAACUUUUUCCAAAGUUUAAAUUCUCACAGUUUUUGGUUGUUUAAACAUCUGUUUCAUUUGGAACUGGAAGAUUGAAGCUAAUUCUUACAAUCACAGGAGCACCACCAUUUGAAUCCUUUAGGCAGAGAAACAACAGCAGAAAAGAUUCAAAUGCUAAAUCCCAAAAUUCUUUCAUAUUAUCAUCAUCAUGCAGGAAAGUUCAUCCCAAUGUAUUUGACUGCAACUUUUGAUUCUGUCACUGGUGAUAAUUUUACCAAAUAUCUGUGCCUAGUUCAGUUUCUGAUAUUUGAAAGGGCUGCAGAACAGCCUCAGUUCAGUAUGGGACUGAUGGCAGAAACCCUUCUUUCUGAGUAUGACUCUGAGAAACCUUGCACUCCAGGUGGCACAUAUGAAGGCAAAUCAGGUCUCURUUUCUUGCACUGAUAUGGAAAGUCCAGUGUGUCCUUGCCAGUCUUGUGUCUUUGCCCGUCUGAACCAGCAGCAUUGCGUGGAGAGUUGCCAYGAGGAGUUAGCAAUGAAUGGCUCUAGCGAGCUCCGUGUUGAUGGACUGAGGGAAACACAGCUCGGCAAUGGAGCAUGCACAUUUCUUCACUUCUCCUCUUAAAGAUAGUGGCAGAAUGGAACAGAGACUUUUUCUCCAGUGCUUUUUCUGGUUUUGAAGCAGAAAGGGAGUUUAAAUACAGCCAGCUCUUAUUUUCUGUAGGUAUGAACUGUCAUGGAAGGCAUGGCUUGUUAUUUUUCUUACACUCGAGGUAGAGCUCAGAUCUCUCUGAAGCUGGUGUAACAAACUCCGGGCAGCACAAGCUGAAUUGACUUUACCUGUUCCAAAUAAUCUUCCUCUAUUUGACUAAGAUAAGCAUUGGUGUCCCCAGCAGCUUUGCAUAUCUUCCAUGUGCUGCUUCUGAGGAUUAAGCCUUUCCUUUUCCCUUUCAGCCACACAUUACGAUGCUUUUUCUCCAGUCAUCCAAAAUCUUUUUCAUGCAUUAAAAAAAUGUGCCUGGGUAUCACAAAAAGUGAUACUUUUUUCUAGGGCAGUGUUGGAUGGCAACAAAGACACUGGCAUAGUAUUUCAUACAAAUGUCUUGGAUUUUCUAACUCAAGAUUCCAACUGUUGAGACAUGUUUCGAAGUCACUGUCAUCCAAAUAAAUGGGGUUUUUUUCUGACUUUGGUCAGGCAGUGGUGUGGCUGGGUUAUCUUCCUCUGUCUGGUGAGGACAGCUCAUAGAAUAGAAUACUUCCCUCCACGACCUUUUGUUUUCCUGCCUCCCUCUGUGUCUUCCCUACCUUUCUUAUUAAACCACCUUAGAUUUCAAGCUCCCAAGGGGCACUGCUGUAGGUAGAACAGGUAUGAAAGGGUGAAUCUACUGGAGCACUCAUAGCAAGGUAUAGAAAGUGUCUUCCCAGUUCUCUUCCUGUUCUCAAGCCCCUUCCCUGAUUUUUGUAUGUGGAGUUUGCAGUGAUACUGUGUGAUCUUCACAUAACUACAUCAGUGAGAACUCAUUCGAAGACUUGUUGUUAGAGAGGUUCUCAGUUUGAGGUCAUUAGGCUGCCCAUGCCUUCCAUGCAGCCAYAGCCAAUGAGGCUGAGAAGUUGGUUGGUCCAUCUCUCCAGUAAUACUGGCUCUGCUGAUGAGCAUGCUUGCUGAGAAGGGUACUCUGAAGGCACUACUCUGUCCUAUCCUGUCCAGAAAGGCUUCUGCAAAAGGAAYCCAAAAAGGUUAUGUUCAGUGAUGGGUAUUUGGGCCCAGGUGUUAAAGGUAAGAGAUAGCCUCCAAAUUGCCCUCAGAACAAGGAACAGGGCCCAAUAGAGGCAGCAUCACAGACCGUUCAUACCAGACCAGAAUUUUCAGUUAGAUGGGAUGUUAACAUUCUCUUCCAAGAAGGAGCAGUAUUUCCCUCUCUUGGCUGCUGUGAAGUCUGAAAUCUUUCCYCUAGUACACAGGACCUUCAGCCACCUAAGGCUUUUGACCUGUGGGGUUUCUGCACUCCUUCCAGAUGCUGAUGGCUUUUGUGUCACUUGCCAAAGCCCUUCYUCAGGCAGCAGGAUCACCUCUUUGGUCUUGUGCAAUCGUUGUCUGCUGUUCUGUUGCUUUUUGAAGACUCAACUGUAUUUUUCCUGUUUUCACAUUUUAAAAUGUUACRUUUUUUUAAACUUUACUCACAUGACCUGGCGCAUGUUAAAUAUUGCAGUGUAUCUACUAUUUAAUAAAUAAUCUUUUUUCAUGCUUUUUUUUUUUGRUUUUUAACAAGGAUAUUUUCUGUAUCCCACUCUAGCAUGCACCUCUUAAUAAUCCCUGAUUUUGUUGUCUAUGGGAGUAGAUUGUCCAAUGAAUGCAUCCUCAGCACUGUCGCUAUGUUUGUAYUGCUUUGGAAAGGUAAAUAAGGUAAGAUUGUUGGAAAACCUUAGUCCAUUCUUUAUUCGGGUGUAUAGAGCAGUUCAGGAAGGAAGAAUAUUUUUGCAUAGGAUUUUUCAGCUGACUUAGCAA